CAGGAAGUCUCUCUCCCUUAUUUCACAGAAAAUGAAAGCUCUGAGUGACUCUCUCUCUCUCUCUCUCUCUCUCUCUCUCUCUCUCUCUCUCUCUCUCUCUCUCUCUGUGAGUUCAGGAAAAUGGCUGAGGCGAGUAUUUCAGUAGAUCAGCUUUCAGUGGAUCAGUUCAUCUGUCCAGUGUGUCUGGAUCUCCUGAAGGAUCCGGUGGCUCUUCCCUGUGGUCACAGUUUCUGUAAGGUGUGUAUUAAUGGCUGCUGGGAUCAGGAGGAUCAGAAGGACGUCUACAGCUGUCCUCAGUGCAGAGAUACUUUCACACCAAGGCCUGUUCUACACAGAAACAACAUGCUGGCUGAAGUGGUGGAAAAACUGAAGAAGACUGAAGUCCAAGAUGCUUCUCCUGCUCACUGUUAUGCUGGACCUGGAGAUGUGGAGUGUGAUUUCUGCACCGGGAGAAAAUACAAAGCCGUCAAGUCCUGUCUGGUGUGUGUGGCUUCGUUUUGUGAAACUCAUCUCAAACCUCAUCUUGAAAGUCCUGCUUUGAAAAAACACACAUUAAUGGAAGCCUCUGGAAAUCUACAAGAGAAGAUCUGCUCUGAACACGAUGAAGUUCUGAAGAUCUUCUGUCGUACUGAUCAGAGAUGUAUUUGCUCUUCUUGCAUGUUGGAUAAACAUAAAGGCCACGACGCUGUAUCAGUUGCAGAAGGAAGAGCUGAGAAACAGAGUGAGUUAAAUGAGGAGCAGAUGAAAGUCCAGCAGAGACUCCAGGAGAAGCAGAAGAAGGUGCAGGAGCUGAAACAGACUGUGAACACUAUAAAGCUCAGUGCACUGACAGCAGUGGAGGACAAUGAGAUAAUCUUUACUGAGAUGAUCAGCUUCAUGGAGAAAAAGCGCUCGGAGGUGACGGAGAUGAUCAGAGCUCAGGAGAAGGCUGAACUGAGUCGAGCUGAACGACUCCUGGAGCAACUGGAGCAGGAGAUUGAUGAUAUUCAGAGGAGAGUCACUGAGAUGGAGAAGCUUUCACACAUACACGAUCACAUCCAUUUCCUCCAGGCUUUAGCUUCUGGACGUCAGUCUCCUCUAUUUAACAGACCAGAUUUUGACACGUCCAGCAUCAGGGUCCCUCAACAUCUGUCAUUUGAUGGAGUGAAGAAUUCUCUCUCAGAUCUGAAGAAGAGACUGGAGGAAUUCUGUGAGGAGGAAUUCAACAAAAUCCCUCCACAUGCUGCAGCAGUUUACAUUAUUUCACCAUCGGAGGUACAGAGCAGAGAAGAUUUUCUCAAAUAUUUCUGUCAUCUGACUCUGGAUCCCAACACGGCAAAUCAUAGCCUUAUUCUGUCUGAGAAGAACAGAGCAGUGAGAUACAGUGAGAAAAAAAUGUCUUACUGUGAUCAUCCAUGGAAAUUUGACUCCUGCCUUCAGGUGUUGUGUAAGGAAAGUUUAAGUGGACGCUGUUACUGGGAGGUGGAGUGGAGCGGUGAUGGAGGUGUGUCCAUAUCAGUCUCAUAUAAAGACAUCAGCAGGAAAGGAGAUAGUAAUGAGUGUACCUUUGGACUCAACAAUAAGUCCUGGAGUCUGUGGUGUUCUUCUUCUCUCUCUUUCUAUCACAACAACAUUAAGACCGAGUUCGGUGUUCCUUCUCCGUCCAGAAUAGGAGUGUAUGUGGAUCACAGUGCAGGAACUCUGUCCUUCUACAGCGUCUCUGACACCAUGAAGCUCCUCCACAGAGUCCACACCACAUUCACUCAGCCUCUAUACGCUGGGUUUGGGGUUCAUAGAGUAAUUGUUAAGUUAACUGAUUCAAAAUAGUUUGUUAUAAAAGUUGUUUUACAGGAAUGAUUACUUAAAAACCUACGGCCAUUUGUAAGUAGGAUUAGCAUGUCAUAUGCAAUUAAUAGCUUCAUACAAAAUAGGGAAGUAUUUCUUUAACACUUUCUUUAAUAUGACAUGGAAAUUAAAUGUUCAUGUGAAAAAAACACUGAAAAAAGUAUACAUAAUAAAAUAUACAUAUAUAUUCUGUAUAGAUAAAAGAAUACAUGGUCAGUUUUAGGAGACUAUAUUAUGUACAGUGGUGUGAAAAAGUGUUGGCCCCCUUCCUAUUUUUUUUUUAUGUUUGUCACACUUUAAUGUUUCAGAUCAUCAAACAAAUUUAAAAAUUAGUCGAAGAUAACACAAGUAAACACAACAUGCAGUUUUUAAAUAAAGGUUUUUAUUAUUAAGGGAAAACAAAAUCCAAACCCACAUGGCCCUGUGUGAAAAAGUGUCUCACCCCUAAAAAUUCCAGAGGAUUUUUUUGUGUAAAGCCAUAAGGUGUCAACUCUCUCUCUCUCUCUCUCUCUCUCUCUCUCUCUCUCUCUCUUUUAUCUGUUAAAUGCUUAUAUAGCCUGCAGAAUUGAGUAAUCCAAUCCAAACAUCAAUUGUGCACAGGCAUUAACACAGCGUUAGAAGUUGUCCAGCUAUUAAAAGAAACUGUUAUUCUGUGCUAUGUUAAUAUUUACUGAAUGAGAAACAGGCAUUGAAAAACAAACAUUGGUGUAACCUGAAGGACACAAAGUAAUGAGGGCAUGUCAAUAAGAGGUGUGGUUAAGAGCUAAGACAUAUAUCAUGUGACGAUCUUCAUCAGACUGAAGGAAAAAAAUGAGUGAUGGUUACUCUGUUGGUUAUACGUAUCAUCAGCAAGGUUUCAGAGAUCAGGAGAUAUUUAGCCUCAAGUUACAUCUUUAAACAGCAUAUGCCAUAUACUGCUGAAGCAGCUUUCAUACACACAUAAUUACAUCCAUUUCCUCCAGGCAACUGCAAUGUGAUGUGCUUAAUCUUAUUCCUAGCAAGAACUGAGCUCCUGACACCCAACAAAUAUGCCCUGGAGCAGGAUCAGUAAAGAGAAGUUAUUUGUGGCGUUUCAAAAAUCAACUGAAAGCAAAACUUCACUGAACAGAAAAUGGCUACAACUGUACAAAAAAUAUAACUACAGUAAGUCUACAAACAGAGCUUCAGAAAACAAAAAAAAACGUAUAUAACAUGUUCAAAGUACCAGGUAAAGCAGACUUAAUUUAUAAAACCAGGGCAGAAACAAUCAAGACUGAAAACAAAGCACUGAUCGAGCAGCCUUAAAUAGGGCAAGACAAAUGUGGCACCAGUCUGGCCUAACAAGUGAUAAAACUUUGCAGGGAUUAGAAGCAUGAUACCAUCUAAAGGUGUGAAGGGUGCAUAGAUGUAGAUGUAUAGAGCUGCACACACACAUUUCAGAUGAAUUCACACUCCACAGUAUUCUGUGAAUUAAACGCAACAUGUUUACAUUGUUCAGUUUGUUUUUCUCUUUCUCAUAGUGAGAGUCAGUAUGAGAAAGCAUCAGUUCUCUGAUCAUCCAGAGAGAUUUGACUCCUGGUCUCAGGUGUUGUGUAAGGAGAGUGUGUGUGGACGCUGUUACUGAGAGGGGUAGUGAGGGAUGUGUGA